AUGGGAGCCGGCGCGAGCGCCCCGGGCUAGCGCGGGCGAGGCUGCGGGGCCGGGCGCCGGCUGCCAUGGGGCUCCUUCGGCUGCUGGUGCUGGCGGUGCUGGCGUCCGAGCCCGGCGUGGCCGGUGGCGCCGAGACCGUCGGGAAUGCCAGCGAGGGUGUUCUUGAAUUUUCCAUAGGGAAGUUUAGAUACUUCGAGCUCAACAGGCCAGAGGAUGCCAUUUUGCGUCAUAUUUCAAGCAAUGUCUCUUUCGUUAUUUUCCAAAUACACUCACAAUAUCAGAAUACAACAGUUUCUUUCUCUCAUACUCUCCUUCCCAAUACUUCAGGAACAGGCACUGACAAAGGACUGGUUUCCAUUCUUAGACCAGAGGAAAGUAUGUGCACUUGGUACUUGGAGACUUUAGAUUCUAAGCCUGUCCAAAACUUGGCCAUUCCACUCUCCUACUCUGAAAGAGAUCCUGUCCCUGGAGGCUGUAAUUUGGAAUUUGAUUUAGAUAUUGAUCCCAACAUUUACCUGGAAUAUAAUUUCUUUGACACAACUAUUAAAUUUGCCCCAGCAAACCUAGGCUAUGCAAGAGGCACGGAUCCUCUGCCGUGUGACAUUGGGACAGGACGGGACUCUAGGUGGAGGUUGCUGUAUGAUGUCUAUCAGUAUUUUCUGCCCGAGAAUGACCUCACCCAAGAGGGGUUGCUAGAGCAUCUGCAGAGGAUGGCUGAGGUUCCUCAGGUGAAGGCCAAUGCUAUCAAGGUGGUUACCCUAACAGCUAAUGAUAAGACAAGUGUUUCCUUCUCCUCCCUCCGAGGACAAGGUGUUAUUUAUAAUGUCAUUGUUCGAGACCCACUUCUAAAUACAUCUGCUGCUUAUGUUCCUGCUCACACAUAUGCUUGCAGCUUUGAGGCCAAGGAGGAUAAUUGUUCUUCCCUUGGAAGAGUAUCAACCAAAGUGUUCUUCACCCUUUUUGCCCUGCUUGGUCUCUUCAUUUGUUUUUUUGGACACAGAUUCUGGAAAACAGAAUUAUUUUUCAUAGGUUUUAUCUUCAUGGGAUUCUUCUUCUACAUACUGAUUACAAGACUGACACUUAUUAAGUAUGAUGUCCGUCUGAUUCUGACAGCCGUCACGGGAAGCGUUGGUGGGAUUCUCUUGGUAGCUGCGUGGUGGCGAUUUGGAAUCCUCACGUUCUGCAUGCUGUGUGUUGGAUUAGUGCUGGGCUUUCUCAUCUCCUCAGUGACGUUCUUCACUCCACUGGGAAACCUAAAGGUUUUUCAUGAUGAUGGUGUGUUCUGGGUGACCUUCUCUUGUAUAGCUGUUCUCAUUCCAGUAGUUUUCAUGGGCUGCCUAAGAAUACUAAACAUACUGACUUGUGGAUUCAUUGGCUCCUACUCCGUGGUCUUGGCCUUUGACAGUUACUUGUACACAAGCCUUUCUUACAUCACUUUGAAUGUACUCAAGAGAGCACUCAACGUGGAUUUCCACAGAGCUUUCACAAAUGUGCCUUUUCAAACCAAUGACUUUAUUAUCCUGGCAGUAUGGGGGAUGCUUGCUGUAAGUGGAAUUACAUUACAGAUUCGAAGAGAAAGAGGGCGACCGUUUUUUCCUCCUCACCCAUACAAGUUAUGGAAGCGAGAGAGGGAGCGCAGGGUAACGAACAUUCUGGACCCUAGCUACCACAUCCCUCCAUUGAAAGAGAGGCUGUAUGGCCGACUAACCCAGAUCAAAGAAUUCUUCCAGAAGGAACAGCCAGCUGGAGAGAGAACACCCCUGCUUCUGUAGAUGCCAAAGGGCUUAGUCAGUGUAACCUUGAAGUACAACUCAAGCAUCACCUCAGCUUUGGUGUGUAUGACCAGUCUGCUUCAGCCAUCUGCAGUUCAAGUCUGAGAAGAAAACAGGCUUAUUUAUCUAUCUGUGCUUUUGCACAAUAUUGUGGUGUCCUUAUUGAUAUAUUAUCAGAAGGUUACCCUUCUUUUGUUUUUUUUUAAUUGUGGUAAAAUGCACAUUUACUGUAUGAAUCAAAGUGUAUAGUUCAUUAGGCACUUUGUUUUUGCCUUUUAUUGCAUAAAAUGCUAAUUUAAAUAUUAAAUUAUGUCAGUUAUUUGAAAAUAGGUCAACUUAUAUAGAUAAUAAAACUUUGAUAUGGACAUAAUGGCCUCAUUUUUUUUCCUUUAAAGGCCUUUUAAAAUAGUGUUGACAUCUGAUUUCUAAUUUAAAGUGCAUUAGAAUUGUUUCUUAGGAAACCAGUUGGCUCCUUUUGAAAUUCGAAUUUCAUAGUUCUGCUAAAUUGGUUGUUAUUAGCAUUGAUGUAAAACACAGAUUCAAAAAUUUUCUCUUUUGUAUAAAGACUUUGUACCAUCUGUGUUUUAGUGUCGAGGAGGGAGUCAAAAAGGAAUUAGGUAUUUAAAGGAACUGCUUUGAAUUGGGAACUUGGAUUCUGUACGAAGAGGCCCUUCAGUUUUGACCCUUUCACCCCACAAGCAAGCACCUGGAUGCCCUGGGCUACAUACCUACUCCUCUUGGCCUUUUCUCUUCAUUGUAAGAGACAUUGCCUCUGGUUCUGCCUCUGGAUUGUAAGCUGGUGAUUCUGACAUGCCUGAGUCAUAGUGAGAUGAGUUGUGGUGGUUGCAUUUACAUUUAUGAGUUGACCACUAUUUAAAUGAUGCUGCUUUUAAGAGGUUUUUUUUUUUUUUCAAAGUACAAGUUUUUGAAGCUUCAGGUAACUGAAAAAUUUUCAGCUUUUGCAUUUAAAGGUGUUUUGGAAAGGCUGAAACAAAGUGCAAACACACAAGACUAAAUCGUUGCUUUGGAAAAUCACAUACAGGUGUUUACUGUUCUGUAAUCCUGUUUAUAUGACUUUAGUGAUACUUAAACUUGAAAAAAAAAUUUUAAAUCCUUGUAGGGAUUCUGGCCUCUGCCAAAUCUUUGUAUAUUCUAACAAAGUUACAUGAAAUGUUUGUUAUUUUCUAUACCAUCAAAAUGGACUGCUACUGAAGAAUGUAAAGACAGAGCUUACUUUUUUGGAGGCUUGAGACAAAUUGUUUAAAAUUUUUCAUGAUUUGAGUAAUAAAAAGUCAGUUUGUAUAAUUUUUUAAUAAUAAAUACCUAUUUUGAAAAAAAUGCUAAAAAAUCUAUUAUUAAAUUUUUAUGAAAUUUUUUUUACCCACUGUAUUUGUACCACAGCAACAAAAACAUGAUAGAAGUUUCAUGUAUGAAAUUACUUAAUAUGGAGAAUUAAAUCUUUAUUUUAAA